AUGUCUGCCCGUGAUGAUUUUGGUCACGGUACACACACGGCGUCUACCGCCGUGGGAGUACCGGUUUCGCUCGAUGACGGCAGCGGCGACACAAUGAGAGGGGGAGCUCCAAAAGCAAGAUUAGCUAUUUACAAAGCAUAUGUCAUAUCAAUUUCACUCGGUAAUAUUGUCACGGAUGGUCAUCCAACUUUUCUUCAGGACUGUAACGCCAUCGCGGUAUUGCACGCGUUCCAAAACGGCGUCGUGGUCUCAUCUGCAGCUGAUAGAGAGUAUGGUUUUGCACGCAAUAUUAAUCAGAUGACUGGUUAUGCAAACCUUGUUGUUGCAAAAGAUGCAGCAAUUGGUAAUGCCUAUAUUGACAGAGCAAGCUCUUGCAAUGAUGCUGAUUCAUUGGAUUAUAAUUUGAUUUAUGGUAAGAUUGUGGGGGGAGUUGGUGUUAUAGUUAUUGAUGGAGCUGGUACUAAGGAAAUUGGUUUGUCUUAUGAUAUUCCUUUGGCUACAAUUACUCCCUCAGAAGGUGAAAAGCUUUUUGCAUACAUGAAAUCAUCAAAUCGACCUUUUGCUAUCAUUUUAAGAACAUCAGUUCAACAGCCUACACAACAUGAGCCUACUGUGGCAUAUUUCUCUUCAAGAGGACCUGGCAGUGCCCCUGGCAUCAUUAAGCCUGAUUUAGCAGCACCAGGAAGAAACAUUUUAGCAGCUUGGCCUCCUUUUGAAAAGGCGAGAGCAGACUCGAUAUUCUACGAUAUAAUGUCAGGAACUUCAAUGGCAACCCCUCAUGUUACUGGUGUGGCUGCACUUCUAAAAGCUCUUUAUCCUCAUUGGAGUCCAGCUGAAAUAAAAUCUGCAUUGAUGACAACAGCUUAUAACUUGGACAAUUCUAAGAAGCCAAUACAAACAGAUUCAGGGAAUGUUAUUGCAACACCUUAUGACAUUGGUUCAGGCUUGUUGAACCCAAAUGCUGCACUAGAUCCAGGCCUGGUUUAUGAUUUCGACAUGGAAGAUAUAGUUUCCUAUCUAUGUUCUAGUGCUGUUGGAAUCACUCAAAGAACUUUACAAGGUUUAUUGGGAUAUCAAAUUGAGUGCUCUAAUAAUAGUCAGCUUCCACAUUACGAUCUUAACUACCCCUUGAUCGAAGUUUCAAAUUUGAGAAAUAAGACGAUAUCAGUUUAUCGUACAGUCACUUAUCGAGGAAAAUAUGGCGAUCCUACUGAUUUCCAAGUUGAGAUAGAAAAUCCUAAAGGAGUUUCAAUACAAGUGAAGCCGAGUACCCUAAGCUUUCAACGCGAUGGAAGUAAAGCAACAUUUCGAGUGGAUAUCACUCCUUUGCAACCAUUAAACAAAGAUGUUUUUGGAAGCUAUACUUGGUUUAAUAAUGUUCAUAGGGUUAGAAGUCCUGUUGCUGUACAAACUCAGAAUACACACUUCUGA